AUUCUUAACAAAACUGAACUGUCAAACUAAAUGUCAUUAGUUGUGUUGUGCUGUUUGCGAUACAAAGUUGCGUGUUUCCUGAGCGUCGGUGAUUUAUUCUUAAUACAUUAAUAUCUUUACAAAGUCUAGUGAUACUGUGAAGUGAUAAAAAAUGGCUUCGCUAGCGGCAGCUCAAGUGCAGGAAGUGAGAUCGAUAACUCGCAUCGAACGUAUUGGUGCACAUUCACACAUCCGCGGCCUGGGACUCGAUGAUGCGUUGGAACCGCGAGCCAUCUCUCAGGGUAUGGUGGGGCAGAAGAUGGCUAGGAAGGCGGCUGGCGUCAUCCUGCAGAUGAUUCGAGAAGGCAAAAUUGCCGGUCGUGCGGUAUUACUAGCCGGUCAACCUGGUACAGGGAAGACCGCCAUCGCUAUGGGCCUCGCUCAAGCUCUCGGACCCGACACUCCCUUCACAAGCAUGGCCGGUUCCGAGAUCUAUUCGUUGGAAAUGAGCAAAACGGAAGCCCUCACACAGGCCAUAAGGAAAUCUAUUGGAAUAAGAAUUAAAGAAGAAUCCGAGAUAAUUGAGGGUGAGGUGGUGGAGGUGGUUGUGGAACGAGCAGCCGGUGGAGGCGGAGCUAAGUCUGGGAGAUUGACACUUAAGACAUCGGACAUGGAAACAAAUUACGAUAUGGGAGCCAAGAUGAUCGACUCGCUGCUGAAGGAAAAGGUGCAAGCCGGUGACGUCAUAACCAUAGACAAGGCGACCGGUAAGAUAAAUAAGCUGGGUAGGAGCUUUGCCCGCGCCAGGGACUACGAUGCCACAGGCCAGCAGGCAAGGUUCGUCCAGUGCCCUGAAGGGGAGCUCCAGAAGAGAAAGGAAGUGGUACAUACCGUGACCCUUCACGAAGUAGACGUCAUUAAUUCUAGGACACACGGUUUCCUAGCUUUAUUCUCAGGUGACACCGGAGAAAUAAAAUCUGAAAUUCGGGAACAAAUCAAUGGUAAAGUUGCCGAAUGGAGGGAAGAGGGUAAAGCUGAAAUGAUCCCCGGUGUGCUGUUCAUUGAUGAGGCUCACAUGCUGGAUAUAGAAUGCUUCUCCUUCCUGAACCGAGCUCUCGAGUCUGAGACAGCCCCGGUGGUGAUCAUGGCCACCAACCGUGGCAUCACGAGGAUCAGGGGUACCAACUACAAGAGCCCGCACGGGAUACCGUUGGAUUUAUUGGACAGGAUGAUCAUUGUGCCAACAACGCCCUACUCACACCAGGAACUGAGAGAGAUUUUGAAUAUACGGUGUGAGGAAGAGGAUUGUCAAAUGUCCAGCGAUGCUCUGACAGUGCUAACAAGGGUGGCAACCGAGACGUCUCUGAGAUAUGCCAUACAACUGGUCACUACAGCCUCACUGGUAGCGAGGAGACGGAGGGCGGCUGAGGUCAGUAUGGAGGAUGUGAAGAAGGUGUACUCCCUGUUCCUCGAUGAGCACCGCUCGGAACAGUUCCUAAAGGAAUAUCAAGACGAGUUCAUGUUCAACGAUGGCUCUGGUGACGGCCCUCAACAAAUGGAAGUGUCGCAGUGAGAUCUGAUUUGCUACAAGUGUUUGUUCCUCUGUUCUCGGCUUUCUGUUAAUUAAGUUAAUAAAUAAAAUGAUUUUUCACUU